CACAGUGGCCUGGGCGUGAGCGGCCGUUACUAGCUGCGCGCUGCCCGCUGCCCGCUGCCCGGGACGGACGCCGAGGCGCCCCGUCACGUGCACCCAAGUCCUCGGCUGGCCGGGGCAGCACCGUGCCCAUGGUUCAAGGCUGUUGAUGGAGAAGGGGGCGGAUGACAGCCGGGACGGUGGUCAUCACCGGGGGCAUCUUGGCGACUGUGAUUCUGCUCUGCAUCAUCGCUGUUCUGUGCUACUGCCGGCUGCAGUACUACUGCUGCAAGAAGGAGGAGCCCGAGGAGGACGAGGAGGAGCCUGACUUCGACCCGCACGCCGGCCUGCCCCCGCUGCACUGCAACCGCAACCUGGUGCUGACCAACGGGCCGGCGCUGCGCCCGGCCGCCGCCGCCGCCUUCGGCCAGCGGUCCCCGCAGGCCCGCGCCCUCUGCCGCAGCUGCUCCCACUGCGAGCCGCCCACCUUCUUCCUGCAGGAGCCCGCGGACGAGGGCGUGCCCAACGGCGGGGAGCGCGUGGCCUACCGGACCCUCAGCCAGGAGGACGUGGCGCUGCCGGCCGGGACCUUCGGGGGCCUGCAGGCGCUCAACCCCCACCGCCUCUCCGCCAUGCGGGAGGCCUUCUCGCGGAGCCGCAGCAUCAGCACCGACGUCUGA